UUCUUUUCUGUUGUUUCCUCCCUGAUCAUUAUGAGCAUUGGCUUUUCACCCUUGAAGUAAACAUGUUGAAAGCCGAGUCUUCAGGUGAACGGACCACUCUCAGAAGUGCCUCUCCUCACAGGAAUGCGUACAGAACAGAGUUCCAGGCACUGAAAAGUACUUUUGACAAACCCAAGUCAGAUGGGGAACAGAAAGCAAAAGACGGCGAGGGCUCCCAGCAGAGCAGGGGUAGGAAAUAUGGCUCCAAUGUCAACAGAAUUAAAAAUCUAUUUAUGCAGAUGGGUAUGGAACCCAAUGAGAAUGCUGCUGUCGAUGCCAAAACUAGGGGGAAAGGUAGACCUUCAUCCCCUCAGAGGAGAAUGAAGCCCAAAGAAUUUGUGGAGAAAACAGAUGGCUCAGUGGUUAAGUUGGAGUCCUCUGUUUCUGAACGAAUCAGUAGAUUUGACACAAUGCACGAUGGCCCUUCAUAUGCUAAGUUCACAGAGACUCGGAAGAUGUUUGAGAGAAGUGUGCGUGAGUCAGGGCACAAUAACCGCUACUCCCCAAAGAAAGAGAAAGCCGGAGGGGCUGAACCACAGGAUGAGUGGGGUGGUUCCAAGUCCAACAGAGGCAGCAGCGAUUCCUUGGACAGCCUGAGUCCCCGGACUGAGGCUGUCUCCCCAACAGUGAGUCAACUGAGUGCUGUAUUUGAGAGCACCGAGUCUCCGGGGGCCAUCCCUUCUGACCAGGCUGAAAACGGUGAUUACUCAGUGACUGGGCAUUACCCUCUGAAUUUGCCGUCUGUUACCGUUACCAAUCUUGAUACCUUUGGCCACCUCAAGGAUUCUAAUUCAAGAUCUUCUUUAAACAAACACGGUAUUGAGACAGAGGAUGCUCAGCAGAGUAGUGCAACUUCGGAAGUGGCUCAGAAAGGUACCUCUCUAGCUUCAUUGCCUGGUGAAGAGAUACAGCCGAGCAAGGAAGCCGAGGACUUCACGUCUCCCCAAGAGGCUCUGGGCAGCACUGACAAAGAUAUUCCUGAGGAGCUCUCUGCUGAGAACCAGGCAAUGCCAAAGUCUGAUAUCCUCUCCCCACAAAGUGAAGCUUCAGGAGAUGCUGAAGCUAAUGUGGUUGGGAGUGAGACGGCACAGCAACAGAAGAAAGACCUUACAGGUGGUGAUGUAACCUCUCCCGAUGCCUCUGCACCCGGCUGUGGGAAAGAAGUCCCCGAAGACCCAAAUAAUUCUGAGAGUUCCCAUGUAUACAUGCAUAGUGACUAUAAUGUGUAUAGGGUGAGAUCCAGGUAUAAUUCAGACUGGGGGGAGACAGGCACUGAGCAAGAGGAAGAGGACGACAGUGAUGACAAUUACUAUCAGCCCGAUAUGGAGUACUCUGAGAUCGUUGGGUUGCCUGAGGAAGAAGAAAUCCCAGCAAAUAGGAAAAUUAAGUUUAGUUGUGCUCCGAUCAAGGUUUUCAACACAUACUCCAAUGAAGACUAUGACAGGAGAAAUGAUGAAGUAGACCCUGUGGCCGCAUCUGCUGAGUAUGAACUUGAGAAGCGAGUAGAAAAGCUGGAACUUUUCCCGGUGGAGCUGGAGAAAGAUGAGGAUGGGCUUGGUAUAAGCAUUAUUGGAAUGGGUGUUGGUGCCGAUGCAGGCCUGGAGAAGCUGGGGAUAUUUGUCAAGACAGUGACAGAUGGCGGUGCUGCUCAGCGGGAUGGCAGGAUCCAAGUCAAUGACCAGAUUGUAGAAGUGGAUGGAAUCAGCCUGGUGGGGGUCACACAGAAUUUUGCAGCAACUGUUCUACGAAAUACCAAGGGCAAUGUUAGGUUCAUUAUUGGGCGAGAAAAACCAGGACAAGUGAGCGAGGUUGCCCAGUUGAUAAGCCAGACCCUGGAACAGGAGAGGCGCCAGAGGGAGCUGCUCGAGCGCCACUAUGCCCAGUAUGAUGCUGAUGAUGAUGAGAACACUGUGGCUGAAUUGCAAGGAAUGUCUGGCAACUGCAAUAACAAUAACAACCGUUUCCUUAAGACUGGAGAAUACGCCACUGAUGAGGAAGAGGAUGAGGUCGGGCCCGUUCUCCCUGGUGGUGACAUGGCCAUUGAAGUCUUUGAGCUCCCUGAGAACGAGGACAUGUUUUCCCCAUCUGACCUGGACACCAACAAGCUCAGUCACAAGUUCAAAGAGUUGCAAAUCAAACAUGCAGUUACAGAAGCAGAGAUUCAAAAAUUGAAGACCAAGCUGCAAGCAGCAGAAAAUGAGAAAGUAAGGUGGGAACUAGAAAAAAACCAGCUUCAACAGAAUAUUGAAGAGAAUAAAGAAAGAAUGCUGAAGUUGGAGAGCUACUGGAUCGAGGCACAGACUUUGUGUCACACUGUGAAUGAGCAUCUCAAAGAGACUCAAAGCCAGUACCAGGCCUUGGAAAAGAAAUACAACAAAGCAAAGAAGCUGAUCAAGGAUUUUCAGCAAAAAGAGCUCGAUUUCAUCAAGAGACAGGAAGUGGAAAGGAAGAAGCUGGAAGAGGUGGAGAAAGCCCACCUGGUGGAAGUCCAAGGCCUCCAAGUACGGAUCAGAGAUCUGGAGGCUGAAGUGUUCAGGCUACUGAAGCAAAACGGGACUCAAGUUAACAACAACAACAAUAUCUUCGAGAGACGAACGUCUCCUGGUGAAGUCUCGAAAGGAGACACUAUGGAGAAUGUGGAAGCCAGACAAACGUCCUGUCAGGAUGGCUUGAGUCAAGACUUGAAUGAAGCAGUCCCAGAGACAGAGCGCCUGGAUUCGAAAGCACUGAAAACUCGGGCCCAGCUCUCUGUGAAGAACAGACGCCAGAGGUCCACGAGGACACGGCUCUAUGACAGUAUCAGCUCGACUGAUGGGGAGGACAGCCUGGAACGGAAGGGUUGGAGAGUUUCUUCUCCAGAAUCAGAUUCUGGUGUCGCACCCCUCACCCCCGUGGCUAGCCAUGAGAUCUUCUCAUCUCAUGACCUGACUGAAUGUCAAGAAGGAUCACGGCUGCCAGAAAGGGAUACUUUCUCCUCUGCCUCUGGAGAUACUUCACCCUCAUCACUUUCAAAAUCUGAUCACGAUACAGAAGACUCUUCUUGCCACCGCCAAGCAACUCUGAAACCAUUACAUGAAAGAGACGAUGCCAGUUGUCCUAAAUCAUCAAGAGCACCCAGUUCAUUGGUGGUACAAGGAGGAAAAAUUAAGCAGAAGUUUGUGGAUCUGGGGGCACCUUUGCGAAGGAAUCCCAACAAGGGGAAGAAAUGGAAAGAAAAAGGAAAGGAAUCCAGUAGGUUUUCUGCAGGUAGCAGGAUCUUCAGAAGCAAGUUGGAGAAUUGGAAAGCCAAGCCUUCCCCUGCGGCUCAGGCCUCCACUCGCUCUCCUUGCAUGCCCUUCUCAUGGUUUAAUGAAGGCCGCAGAGGAUCCUAUUCCUUCAAGAACCUGCCUUCAGUUCCGAGUCCCCUGCAGCCUUCUCCCGAGACACUAAUUUCAGAUAAAACAGGGUCCAAGAAUUUCACCUUCAAUGAUGACUUCAGUCCAAGUAGUACCAGCUCUGCAGACCUGAGCGGCUUAGGAGCAGAACCCAAAACCCCGGGGCUCUCCCAGUCCCUGGCACUGUCCUCGGAUGAGAGCUUGGAUAUGAUAGAUGAUGAGAUCCUUGAUGACGGACAGUCUCCCAAACACAGUCAGAGUCUGAAUCGGGUCGUUCAUGAAUGGAGUGUGCAGCAGGUCUCUCACUGGUUAAUGAGCCUAAAUCUGGACCAGUAUGUGUCUGAAUUCAGUGCCCAGAACAUCACUGGGGAGCAGCUCCUGCAGCUGGAUGGAAAUAAACUGAAGGCUCUUGGAAUGGCAUCAUCCCAGGACCGGGCACUGGUUAAAAAAAAACUGAAGGAAAUGAAGAUGUCUCUAGAGAAAGCUCGGAAGGCCCAAGAGAAGAUGGAAAAACAACGAGAAAAACUGAGGAGGAGGGAACAAGAGCAAAUGCAGAGAAAGUCUAAAAAAUCAGAGAAGAUGACGUCAACAAAAGAAAGCAACAGUGAGCAGUAAUCCCUGGCCUCCUCCAGUAGGUGGGGAAGCUUGAGGGAUGUCCCGCCCCUUCCUGCCCCCCUUCUCCUGCAGAGGAUGAAGAAGAAACUGAUGGGGAUAAUGCCACUGUAGGCAGUUCAAAGAACUGUGUGUUGGAUGCACUCUUAAUUUUAACCUCUUAAAAUAACCCCAAGCCACCUUUGGUUUAUUAACAAACCAGAAAUACCAUUUUUAUCUUCUACUUAGCGACAUCCUGUGCUGUGUUGAGUGUGUGGUGCCACUUGGAAAAUCAGCCUGACCCAGCCAAUGAGAGCAGGACUCACCCUAA